AUGUCUCGCACGCCCGGUAAUCUCACCAGCGAGAGCAGCAGGUCACAGUAUUCUCUGUCGCAGAGCGUCAACAACCAGAACACUCGCUUACAGCAAGGAGCUGUCUCCUCGUCCAAGUCAGCAGAUCGUACACAACCCAGGUCACCUCCGCAGAAAUCUUGGCACGCUCCUUCGCAGCAGGCCAGCAUGCUUGCUGAUGACGUCUCUCAAGAAGAAGACGAGCUUAGCGAGGAGCUCCCGCUGCAUCUGAGAAGCAGUCGCAGCCCUCGCUCACAGCGAGCCUUCUUGGCCAAACGCAAAAGUGGCAAAGAUGUGGCUCACGGCUCGAGUUCGAAACGGACCAAACGAGCUGACGAUGAGCUCUCCGCAUCUGAAAAGAGUGUCGAGGCAUUGUACCCUACCAAAGCGCCGAACCGGGGCCCAUCGCCGCGAGCACUCGAUGAUACGAGAUCGACAACAGCCGACAGUCGCUCCGGUGAGCCAGGCGGAGAGCUCGCCGACUCCGCCUCGGAACGAGUGCUAUCGCUUGACGAGAUCGACACUUUUCUGGACCUGAUCUACAAGCAUCACCCCGAUCCUAUGACCGCAGAGACCAUGCGACAGAGCGUCGACGCACUCUACCACGACUGGGAACAGUACUGCGCCCGCCGUCGAGUCCCGGUUCGACUCACCAAGAAGCCCCUUAUGGAUGAGUACGGCAAGAUUUUCAAUGGCGUCUAUGGCUCCGACUUUCAGGCCAAGGCUAAAUCUAUAGCGGAAGCCGUGUUCCAAAGGUCAGCAAGCGAACAAGACGAUGAACGCCGCGACAACGGCGAUCGAAACAGUGCAGCAAAGUCAAUGACGGAUGGCGACACUGAUGACGACGACGAGGAAGACAAAGGCGACGGUAAUGAUUCCACAUUCAGUACGGAAAAGAGCACGGCAGCGGGGAAGUCAGGUCAAUCGCAAGUGCCACCGUCCGGGAAAGGAAAGGUGGGCAAAGGUCAAGUCGCAGCUGGGGCCGACGAGCCAGGCACACCGUCCAAGAGUUCCAUUGCUCAAAAAGGUCGCAACGGUCUUGCCGUCCUCCCCCCGGGCUUGUUCGACAUUCUGCGCACGCAUCUUCGCGACGACAUCUUGGCGAGCAUCAUGCCCUCGGUGCGCAACGAGCUCACCGAACAAACUCGCGAGCUUUUCUUGCAGAAUCAGGAUCUGUUCGGCCGACUGAAAGAGAUGGAAGAUCGCAUCCGCAACCAAGACCUGUGGAUCCGACAUUUGCUCUCCCGCGACCCGCUCGAACCGGGUGCAUCCCCCGUUGGACCGCCCGCGACAUUUGCUGGGAUGCCUCGUGCCGAUCCUGCCUCUGCCUCAGCUGCGAGACCAAGACCUCUCACCGGAGGAGCGAGAGAGUCCAGCAGCUUUGGCCGACCACCUCCUCAACAUGGAUUCCGUCGUUCAGACGGCGAUUCCGGGGAUGGCGUCCCCAUAGGCGACUAUAACAGUGGAGGUAGACCGAUGUCGCCGCGACAGCAUUCCCGCGAUGGUCCGCGGCACUUCCCUGAGCAAGGCAUGACGGGCCCGCAUCCUCUCGAAGGGGGAGCUUCCUCUGCAAUGACGGUACCUCCAUCCGGCUCGGGUCAAGGUCUUGGUCCUGGGCCUGUGGUUGCCUUUGAGUCUGUUCGAUGGCAAGGGACACAUCGUGCAGGUCCACCCCGCGAUCGCGCACCCACGGAUGGGCGGCCUUCGUACGUCGGCGAAUCGCCUCAUCGCAGGCCGGGCUCCGGACCAGCUGAAACACAGCAGUUCCACCCAUACACGAACGAGCCGCACGAUCCAUAUCAAAUGCGGUACGAGCCUCAUCCUGACGCCGUCCAGUACAUGCCUCUGCAUCGACACUCUAUCGCUGAUCCUCGACGUCUGAGCACUGUAAGCGGGGGCAGCGUGGUCCCUGCAGGGCAACGCGGCUCGGCGCCGGGACCAUCUCAACCCUCCAUGGGGCCAGCAGCUGCAAUCGGCGCGCACGACGACUUUCGACGAUCUGGCCCACCGACCGUCCAGCGUGAGCCUGUCCCUCCGCCUUCUGAGCCAAGCUACGACAUUCGACGACCAUCGCAUCCGAAUCUGCCUGCCAGCCAUUCGGAACCGUACUUUUCCAGCGGUCAUGAGACGAUCCGGACGCCUCAAGCGCCCAGAUCGAUGGCGGUGGGAUCGUCACCCGUGCAGAUCCCAAAGAACAAGCGCGGGCGACCGAGCAAGGCCGAGAUGGCCAACAACAGGGUCGGCGAGCUUGGCGGCGGUGGUGGCGCUCAGCCUCGGCCUUACAUGUCGUAG